ACAGAGACGUUGGUUCAAGGACAGCUUUGAUCACCUGUUGGCCAUUGCUCAAUCACAACACUCACCUGAAGCUGGAGUAAUACUGAGCUCUGGGUAACAGUUGUUAUGUACAAAUGUGGUGAUUACUCAGCCAGGUAACUAUUAAACUAGAUGUGUUGUUUGUUUUUUUAAAAGUUGGCAAAUUUUCAAGGAAGUUCCGGUUGACAAGUUGCCCUUCUGGUCAGAGUUGGUGAUCGGCUUCCGACUUAUGACUGACUGUGAACUAAAACGGUUUCCACAGCACAAGUUUGGCCAGGCGUUCACUACCAUAAAAUGUGAAUGUUCAAGCUACCUGCCAUGGCUCGAGAACAGGUUUAUAAAAGCUGGAGGUGAAGUGAAACAGAGGAAAGUCAACAGUCUUGAGGAAUUAAGCAGCAGCUAUGAUAUCAUUGUCAACUGCUCUGGCUUGGGAUCCAAAAAUCUGGUGGGUGACACCCAAGUGUACCCAGUCCGGGGUCAGGUCCUCAAGGUGGAGGCGCCCUGGCUGCAGCACUUCAUCAGAGAUGGAGAUGGGAAGGCCUACAUCUACCCUGGCAUACACAGCGUCACUGUAGGCGGCACGAGACAGGAGGGAGACUGGCGGCUACAGGUGGAUGAAGAAGAUACAAGGAGCAUCAUGGAGCGGUGCAGCAGGCUGGAGCCGUCACUCAGCAAAGCCAAAGUUCUCAGUGAGUGGGUCGGUCUGAGGCCCAACAGGAAGAACCCGAGGGUGGAGAGGGUGCUAGUACACCUGCAGGGCUGCAGGGUGCCUGUAGUCCACAACUACGGUCACGGGAGCUGCGGAGUUACGCUCGCCUGGGGUACCGCACUGGAUGCAGUAGGGCUGGUCAGGCAGUGCCUUAAUGAAAUGCUGCUGGAGGCUAAACUGUGAGCAUCUGACACUAAAUCCAGAUUGUACUUGUUGCAAAUAACACUAGCCUUGACAUAGUAAGACAGAGUUGCAGAGAUGUAAAUCAUUGACAGAUGUCAAUAAAUCAAAAUAUAUUAAAAUGCAUUAGUAACUUCAGAAUCUAUACAAGCUUUUAGAAAUGUUUUAUGGAAAAAUAAUACAUUUAAUGGCGCUUUAGUUACUACUGUACCAACAUUUUGGGACUGUUUACAAGACAAUGUUUCCAGUGUUUGGUACCACCAGCAGUUGCCUUUGAGUACAGAUGCCUACUGUCAGAAGUUAAGUGCUGUAUUUUUAAAGAAACCUUAGUUUAUUGAAAAAAUUAGAAGGGUGAUUAACAGCCAUGCUAGAAUUUACUGUUGUACUGUGUAUAUAUAAAGAAACCUUUAUUAAUUAACGAACAAAAACUGGACAUAAAAUACUGUACAUUUCAAAUUUGUGAUUAAAAACUAAACUGAAAUGAACAAUUUUCAGUGUGUCGGUUGUACCUGUGUGCUUCAUCAUUCCUGUCACACUGCAGAUUGAUUAGCAACACAUGUUCUGAAGUAACAAAGCACUAUUUGCAAUCAUUUUGGUUUUGCUAAAACUUUGUCACAGCUGAUUUUAACUUGCCCCAGUACAAAAAGCACAGGUAUUACUAAUGUACCAGAAGCAGUACAACUAUGUACAAUAUCAGGACCCUGAAGCAGAAGUAGC